CCACUGGACUCGCUACAGACUUGGUACCCGGAAGUUGCAGUACAGCGCGUGGGAACAUACUCCCUCCCUCAAGGCGCAAAUAGAAGUGGAAGCGGCUCCCGCAAAACGAAAGGUGUCAACUGCGGUGCUCCGCUGGCUGCAACUGGGAGAACUCACCGUCGGGGGUCGAAGGUGAAGGGAGGGACGUGACCAACAGUCAUGCAGAACGAACGGGAAGGGCGGCCAAGACUGAACGGGCGCCAUAGCACAGACUCCGAUACCGACCCGACUGGAGUUUCACAGUCAGGAGGCUUAAAGGAACAGCAUGUCGCACCGCAAGCCGGCCGCAAUGCGUUCGAGUGCGACCCAGCGUCGCGGGAUUCGGUGUCUCCAGAGAUCAUAUCCAUACAAAUUCCCACAGGCCUUAAAAGCCGAAGGGAUCCCGAAGACGAUUCGUCCACUCUCCUACCGCCGUCCCCUAGUACACUACGUCGCGGCUUGAAGCUAGUCAAACGGAGGCCGAGAAGUAGGUCUCCAGCAACGGACGAGGUGGAUACGACCACCGACGACGUCGUUUCGAUAGGGAACCAGACGAUGUCAUCCGCCCACAGCAGUCUCGAAGAGACGCAGACGCAGACGGAGAGCGAUGACGGGCCAAUCAUCGAGCUGAAUGGGUCGAAUAGCAUAGACCUGCCCCACCAGCAGGCCUCGUCACCCGCAACAGAUGAUAUCACGACCACAAUGUCCGCGACGAUCGUCAGUGCAGAUGGGGCGCAGGUCCGUGAGAUGGGGACGUUCGACGUGCAGGUGUCUGAUGCCCCGGAUGGUACCAGCUCUGCGACGGUGUACAUUCCUAUGGGUGACGGGCAGACCUUGACUGCAGAAGUGACGGGGGCACAUUUACCGUCGCAGCCGGAGAAGUCCGUGGAGCUGCUUUUGCAGAACGGGGAUGUGGUUGUGGUUACCUCCGCUGCUACUCCGCCCUUGUCACCACCGCCGGAGAUGCAGCAGACACCGCCGCUUCAUGAGCAAUCUCCUGCAAGUCCGACUACGAAGCCGGCAGUAGUGGCAAGCCCACCAUUCCCAGCCACAAGCGCACCUUUGAUUCCACCACGAAACUAUUCCCCGCGGAAUGAGCUCGGUGCGAACAUCAACAAACCGCUUCCAUCUGUCGCAGCACCAGCAGCAGCGUCGUCACCUCCUGCUUCCACAACCCCAGGCGUCAGUAACACUCCCGUGCAAUCGGCAGUCCCCAUUCCGGUCAGAAUGGCGAGCAAACUGCCCGUCGCAGAUAUCGUAGCCGGCACACUACCUCUCCCUCUUCCGGAAAAGCGAUUACCAUCGAAGCCGUCGCUGUUCAAAAAGAAGCCCACGGCGGCCGUUGCUGUCGACAUGGCUCGCUCUCAGUCUGCCGAGGUGGGAUUAGGGAGCCCUUUGUAUGCCAACGGUCAAACGCUGCUGCAAAUGGGACACUCGGCACCUGUGAUCAGCACCUCAACUGACCUGACGUUGCAGAAUAUUGGCGAAGCGAGCCGACCGGAGCAGCAGUUGCUCAUAUCUGGGACGUUUGACCCGAACGGUGUUUCUGCAAUCGGUGCGAUGCCACAGCGGUCACCGCCGCUCGCGAACGGAAUCAUUCUGCUCAAUCGAGAUGCCUCAACGGACCACGUCAACGGAUCACUCACACUCUCACAGACUCAGGCUACGGAUAUGACUCUACCGGUAUCGACUACGUCGUUGGUUGUAGCAGACGAAGCCGGGAUGCUUAGCAGGACCAGCGACUGUUCAGACGACAACACCCCACUCGCCGCGCUCUUCUCCACAUCCCCACCGCAACCAACCGCCAUCCUACCCAUCUCCGCCCCGGACCGCGUCCAGAAACCAGUGACACUCCCCCUCCUCUCCGGCCUGAUGGCGCCAGGGUCAACUACAAACCACCAAACCGCCAUGACACUCCCCGCCCCAUCCUCCCGCGUCCCACCACCGACCUCCGCCCGCCGCGGGUCCCAGACGCUACCCCGCCCAUCGCCCACCGCAGUGGUCAUCUCACCGCGGAUGUCGUCUCUCGCGAAUCCGACGAGGGAGGAGGUCAAUCGGCGCCGAUUCACGUACUUGGGCGGGGUAGAUUUGCAACAACACUCGGAGGGCGGUGCUGUCGAGCCGUUUGUGGACGAGGUUGUGGAUGAGAACGGACAUGGCAUAACGGAAGGGACGCCACACACUAUCACAGAUUCAGGCACCGCAACCCCCGAACUUCUGCUAAUCACCCCACCCAAAAGCAUCCCCGCCGCCAACACCGACGUCACCAUCGCACCCCUGACCCCAACCGACCCGCACCUCACCCCCCGCGACCUCGCCACCUGCCCCCUCUGCGCCGACGUCUGCGAGCGCGCAAUGCGCGUAACCUGCUGCCUCACCGUCUGCUGCUCCGCCUGCAUCUGGCGCUGGCUCGCCCUUGCGCAGCACAACACGUGCCCGUUCUGCCGUGCCCCGAUCGCCCCCGAGAACGUAAGACCCGCGGAGGAGGUGCAGCAUCUGGUGGAUCGGUUGGUUGUCAGGUGUAAAGUGCCUGGAUGUGGGUGGAUGGGGACUAGGGAGCGAUUGAAGAGGCAUGUUGUAACCGAUUGUAGGGGUGCCUGCGAUAUGGUUGUGCUGAGGAAGAAGGGGAGUACGGUCCGACGGAGGAGUAGUCGCGCCAGUCUUGGAAGAUUGAAACUUGCCCCGCCUGCUUCGUCUGCCCCCUCUUCGAUAUCCGACAUUCAACAACAGCAACAACAACACCACACGCUCCCACAUCCACAACAACAACCACAACAACAACAGCAACAACCCCCGCGUCGCCUCCCCCUCCUCAUCCCCCUCCGCUCCUCACAACCGCGCAUCCUGUUCCGCAGACUCUCGAGUGCUAUCAGACCCCCCAGCAACGCCAGCAGGUUCGUCAUGCCAAUCCACGCCUCGGUCUCGGUCCCCGCGCGUAUCGGGAUCCCGCCACGGAUCUCGUCGGCGGCUGCCGUCUCCACUUCAGGCGACGAUGCACCGGCUGGUGAUACGCAAGCGCCACCACAGGAGGGUUCCCCUGAUACUAACCUGAACACAACACAACCCACACCGCCAAUAUCCUCCCCUCAACCCCUCACGGACCUCAUCAGCCUAUACACAGGACCGCCAUCACCCUCCCGCACUCAAACACGCACCCGCCCAGCCUCCCUCCGCCGCCGCCGAAACAGCACAGCCUCGACGCGGUCGUCAAGGAGCGGUAUCGGGGGCAGUGUGGUAGGCAGCCCCACUAUCCUGGAGGGGGAUGAGGGGGAGGGGUAUGUUGAUGUUGAUGUCGGAGACGACAAGGCUGUGGUUAGUCCGGGUGGGUGUGAGACGCCGCCGUCCCCGAGGCGGGCGCGACCAUCGAGUGUCUUGAGUGUACGCUUCAACGAUGCGAAUCACCACCACCUGGUCGGGGAUUCGGGUGACCGUAGUAGUAGAAACCACAACGCCGCCGCGACCACGACGGCGAAACAGCAUCGACAGCAUACGUAUGUGAGGAGACGGCACACCCUUGCGUUGGAUCCUAGGCGGGAUUAUACGGUUUUGUCGGCCUCGUCGCCGAAACGGAGGAGUGUGAGGGGGGUCUUUGAUCUUGUCCCGCCCAUGGGGGUGGGGGAGACGGGAACGGAGAAGAGGGGAGACGUGGAUGUGGAUGAAGGAGGAGGAGGAGGAGGAGGAGACGAGGUGGAUGUGUGGCAUGAUUGUACGGAGGCUGACGCGGACGGUAACGGUCAAUAGAACACACCAUGUCACCCUUUUCCAACCCCGCAGGACGGGGGUGGGGUGGAGAUAUGGGGAGAAUGUUAGCAGACACAGCCGCCAUGGAUCUAGAUCUAGAUACGCUAGCGGCAGUAAUGCUAUACUACGUAGAAUAUGUCAAUUCCCCCAUGUUUCCAUACCGAAGUUAGAAUUACAUGUGCACACAAUAACCG